AUGCCUGCCAUCCGCUGGGGCACUGCGACCCUGCUGUUCGCCUUGGCACCGACAUGGACCGGGACCUUUGGGACGAGACACGUGGCGAUGACCGAGGCAUCUCGUGCAGCGAAGCAGCGGCCCGAGAGUGACCGAAGCGGCAGCGCAGAGCGAGGAGGAAAGCUGUUGAUUCGCGGCCUCACCUUGGCCUUUACUGCGGGACUUUUUAUCCCACAGGUGCGAAAACAGGAUGCCUACCUCUGGUACAUCGCCCAGGUUGACCGCUUUAACCCGGACAACCAGGUGAGUGUUGCCGAGGCAGAACUGCUGAAACGUGCUGGAGCAAUGGCCUCGAAGGUAGGUGGCUCUGUGGUGGAUUUGGGCAGUGGAAGUGGCAACGAUUUCCUGACGCUGAAGGCAGCGGAAGCGCCAGAUCUGCCGGUGCUGGCGGUGGAGCCAAAUCGUUUUACCUGGGAAAAGGCCGCCUCUGAGGCGCACGACCUGGACCUUUCCGUGUCCUUCGCGGCAGACCUGGAAGAGGUGCCCAGCAGCAGCUGUGCCUUACUUCUGACGCGCCGUGUUUUGUGCUCCGUGGACGAUGAACAUGCUGCGCUGAUGGAGAUCUACCGCGUCUUGAAACCAGGUGGCGUUUUCGUCUUCAUUGAGCAUGUGGCCGCCGAAGACGGAAGUCCCCUUCGCGUCACUCAGGAGGUGCUGCGCCCGGUACAACAAGCCAUGGCCAACAACUGCGACAUGGCGCGUGACACUGAGAAGGAGAUCCGUGCCCUCCCAUGGGCAUCAGUGGAGUGUGUGGCCUAUGAUGAAGCCUUCAAUGGGCCGCUCACGCCGCACAUCCGCGGACUGGCGGUGAAAGCGGGAUAA